AUGACUUUGAGAUGGAAUUGUCGGACUGCCUCUAGACACGGCGUGCGGCAUCGGGAGCGACACACAUCCACGUUUGCCCCGGGGCUUGGAAGACCUGGAGAGACCUUGAGGAGGAAGAAAAGAAGGUUCUGUGCCAGACUGGUCAUAUUUAGAAGACAUUUUCAUAUUAUAACCAUUGUUUUAUGUGUGCAUUUUAUUCCUCACUAUUGUAUACUAGUUAACAAUGCCAAGUACUUUUUUGAAAUACCUUUCUUUCUAUAUGUUCUGAAGUGCCUGAUAAAAGUAGAGUUAGUAAAAAAAAAAAAAAGACAUUUUAGUAAAUAUCUUGUUAAAAUUCAUAUCAAAUACUCUUUUAUUUUGGGAAAUGGCCAAACCACCUCUUUGACAAUACACAUUUGUGCACUGGUUCAAGGGAGAAGGAAGGGCAAAGAGCCGGAUGCCAGUGUGUUUCAAAAUGAGGCCGAUUAA